CUGGUUCAAAUUGAGAAAACAAUAGAGCCUUUGUAGACAGUUGAACAACAAUUCCCUAAGACAUUCUGAAAUGAAAAAAGUCAACGGGUCAUUCAUCUACUUUCUGUGUUGGCCUUUAGACCAAAGAGAAAGAAAUCAUUAAUUAAGUGUAACAAUAAAAGAAAAAAGAGAAACAGUAGAAGGAGCAAUUAGCGGGGAACAAUAUAUUAUUAAUAAAUAGUACUAUUAGGAUUAGGAUUAGAAAGUGAGUCAUCUAAUUCUAACUUUGCUUGUAUUAGCAGUAAAUGAAAUCUACCUAAAACCCUCAUGAACACUUUUCCACCCAAACUAUACUUCAAUUUCAAUUAUGUCUACCCCUACUUCCUCCUCCUUCUUUUCACACCGCCGGCAACGCCGCAGAUCCCCAACGCGCUCUCACCACCACCGGCAGACAGAAUUUCAACUCUCAAAUUCGACAAGUCCAUGGCCAUAGUUCUAAUUAUCUUAAUCGUCGUGUUUUUAAUCCUCGGUUUUCUCUCCGUCUACACUCGCCAGUGCACAGAACAGAGGAUGAGAGGAAGGUUCGACCUUACUAUUCCGAUCGCAGGAAGUCACCGGAGACACCGCGGACUCGACAAGGAAAUCAUCGAAACGUUUCCUACCUUUGUUUACUCCGCCGUGAAGGGACUCAAAAUUGGAAGAGCCGCGCUAGAAUGCGCCGUGUGUUUAAACGAAUUUCAAGACGACGAAACGCUGCGUUUGAUCCCUAAUUGUUGCCACGUGUUUCAUUCUGAAUGCAUCGAUGCUUGGCUUGUUAAUCACUCUUCGUGUCCGGUUUGUCGUGCAAAUUUAAUUCCAAAACCUGGAGAAACCUCUUUCGUAACGAUUCACAUUCCGGAUCCUAAUAUACCCGAUUCAGAUGACCCGACCCGGAACAACUUAAAUGGCGUUGACACCCCUGACCGAGCUACAGUUACUUCUUCUUCUUCUUCUUCUCCUAAAGUGAACUAUUCGGUCUCACCGAACCCGGUCCGACCGGUACGGUCAAGGUCAACAGGGUUGAGAAUUGGGAACUGGUUUCCGCGGUCGCAUUCAACGGGACACUCGCUGGUUCAAGAAGGAGAGAACCACGAGCGAUUCACUUUGAGAUUACCGGAGGAGGUGAGGAACCGGUUAGUGAAUUCUACGCUGAGCCGAACGACAAGUUGUGGUGUUAGUUUUACUCCGGAGGGUAGUGGGAGGAGGGGUUAUAGAACGAGAAGUGUGGGAAGUAGUGCUCCUGGGAGGAACUAUGAGUGGUUUAAUCGGCCGGACCGGAGGGGGUUCUCUUGGACUCCACCGUUUGUGGGUCGAACCAGUUUGAGUUGGUUGAAGAAUAAGUCACCCGGGAAAUUGGAUGACGUGGGAGAACGGUCUUCUGAUCGUUUGUUUGCAGGUAAUAGUGAUUAGAAGGUUAGGUUUAUGGGAUAAGGAAACAAAAUAGAUUAUACUUUCAUAUUGGCUUUUACACUUUCAAAACAUUUUCUUUUCUAUCUACCAUAUCAUACAUUUCUGUUCAUACAUAUAGAGUGUGUUUAUUUAUUUAGUUAAUAUGCUAUUUUUAUUUUAAAUUUUUCAGGGUGUUCUGGAGAUCAUUUUUUUUCUAUAUGUGGUUGUAGAAUUUGGAUUAUUUUUUAUUUAUUUAUUUAUUAACGUUCAUACUUUGUUUUAUCGGUUUGGUGUAAAAUUGACUAUUGGCUCUGGUUACCAAAAAGAUAAUAAAAGUUUAUUCUGAGAUAAGUAUCCUAGAACGUCAUCAUACCCUCUUUUUUGUGGGGUUAACAUUUGUUCCAGAA